AUGGAGCAGAAAAUCAAAGGCAGAUUAUACAGAUGUGGCAAUUUGAAGGAUCAUUGCCUCCGUCCUCGUUGCAACGGCGGCAGCUGGAAUUGCCGCGCCGCCCGCCGAGGGCAGGAGGAGGAGGAGGAGGAGGAGAAGGCGAAGGGAGCGGAGCCUGCCGGGCCAGGACUGGCCCCCGACGGCACCGGAGACCGCGCCCUGCGCUGGGCUUCCCGGGGCGCGUCCGGGCAGCAGCUGCGCCCUGGGCGCACGGGCUCGACGGCGCCGCUGCCCUCGCCCUGUGCCCGGCGCGCUUGA